AUGAGUGAGACGGCUUAUCUCGUACCCACCAAUGCCCACGCGCCGGCAAAGGUCGCGCCAUGCGUCCUUGACCACAGCCUCUUCCCACAUGUCAUGGACGAGGUGAUUGCCACCGCUCCCCCCGAGUCACACAUUGCCCUGCGCGCCUGCUCGCGCGAGUUCCGUGACCGUGUGGACCCCUUACUGUUCAACCACGUCGUUAUCGCGCCAGGCGACGAGAGCGGCUUCCUCUCGGUCUCUGCGUCUGGGGGCCGGUUCCAUCUCCGCAUCGUCGGCGACGGCGACAAGCUAGUGUCUCACAGGGACCGUGUCGUUCACCCAGCCCUGCCGCCGCUACUAGAGCACACGCGGGUCGUCUCCCUCCGCGGCCCUGUGGACCAGUAUGCCGGCUCCUUGGCGUGGUUCUCUCCCAACCUCAAGCGCGUGGAGGUGCUGCGCAUCCUGCCGCCCAUGCCCCGCCCGUUUACCAUCUGGCCCGAUACGGUGCGGGGUGCGAAAAAGUUGAUUGCGUUUACGUGCAUGAGCCGUGGCUCGUUGCGUACCCUCCAAUCGGGGGCCACAGUGUAUCACCCGCCUGUCGCCAUGAUUCCGCCGGUCCCACUCAGUGUCCGGCAGCUGGUGCUCAACGUCUCGGUCCACCCUGACGACCCUUGGCAUGCCGACUCGACCAUCCAGGCCUUGAUGCCGCCCUCGACGGUCAAGAACAUUGUCGUCCUCUUCGUUUCGGCACUGCCGCCCGAUGUCACUCCCAACUUGGGCAUGAGCAACCUCACCCUGGGGGUCACGGUGCGCUCGCGGCUCAGCCACUCGGCCCAGCCGCUGGGUAUCCUCACCCCCAUUAUCCGCUUGAUGAUCAUGAACCCCGAAACAAAGGUCACUGUCGUCUCGGCAGAGUGUCUUGGCGCUGCGCCAUUUGGUUUCGACCAGAGUAUCCUGCCGUCGGAGAUUGAGGGCAUGAUCAAGUCCAUUGCAGCGGAUAUCCUCAAGGACGAGGGAUGGGGCAAUGCCGAUGAUCCGGCAAAGAACCUGACCUUGAUGUCGCUGGGCGAGUACCGCAAGACGGCGGAUCCGCAACAGUUUGUCUUGGAGACGGAGGAGUAG